AUGCGGAGAGCUUCUUUGUCCAUUGAGUCUGACGCAACUUCUUCAGUGGCAGUCAUCAAAGAGUUCGCGAAGCGUGAACAGCUUCGAUUCCCUAAAGGCGUCACAUGCAAUCACAGACGGUUUUCUCUACAAAACCCUAUCAGCUCGUCUUCUGUGCAAUCCUGUUCUGGUUACCAAAAGCUUCUGCCCCUCGGUUUCCCCAAACCCUUGCAUACUUCCCAUAUUUAUGCUCCGUUUGUACAGGCUCGCCCCAACUGCAACCGGUUCUUCAACCUGUUCUGCGUCUCCAUGGCACAUGAACCUCGUAGACAGCACAGCUUUUUCCCCUUUCUCCACCCGAUUCUACGCUCCGUGUGCACUAAUCUCCAAACAGGCGCGCACCAGCACACAAGCACACAAGCACACAAUCCUGCCUAUUACAUAUUUGCCUAA